UAUUUAAUCCAUCUGUGACUGAUUAACAGCAUGAGAGAUGAAAAAAGUGGUUAGUGCUAUCCAGUACCCUUGGGAAGUCCCUACCCCAACCUUAACCAUAACCCUUACCCAACCCUAACCUUCUUAUUUUUCUUCUUCUUCUUGCUGUGUGGCAAAAAUGUGCUGUGUCAGGUUUUAGCAGUUCUAGAGUACUAAAUCAGUCAUUUAUGUUUGACGUCAAAUGCUGCUAACACUCACCCCAGAAAAUCUGAAGGUUGUUCAGGGAUACUUUAACAGCCAAAUUAAGUAAAUUGUGUCACAUUGAGUGUUUGUUUGCAGGUUUUGUAAGGUAAAUCAAGAUGGUUUUUCGUUCCCAUGGCAUUGGGAUGGCAUGACACUCUCUACAACUUGGUAAGUACUUAAAUAUUAACACAGCUCAAUCCAACGAACAUUAUGGAAUGAAACAAUUUAUUUUCAUUUUUCCGUUCAAGUGUGUUUCUGUAUCUACCUGUAUUUUGAACCACUCCAAGCCAAAAGAAGGCGCUAGAGGUUAAGAUUGCAACGCUUCUCACGGUCCCGCCAGUCACUUCUAAUUUGCCAUAGUGUUGUGAUGCGCAUUGAAACCAAGAUGGCGUUGACGGAAUAGCGAGUAUUUAACGCAUAAUGUUUAAUAACUUCAAUGUGUUGUAUGCCAGUGCUAGAUUAACAAUAAAUUCGGACAGAAAUUCAGUUUGGGCCGAGAGUGGUGUUGCUAAAAAAAGCUAUCCUAGAUGGUUAGUUAGCAUGAUAUCAGUAGUAUCUAGCUAGUAUGCGACCAGUUUAGUACGGCAAUAACUAUUCUUGAGACAAGUUAACUUGCUAUAUUAGCUAUCCUAAAAGCAUGAUGGAGGCUCCGUGCGAGGAAGAACUGCGGCCGGUGCCACGUGAGCGGGCGAUUCUGGAGAGUUUCUUCACGCAGCUCGGAAUGUUCUCGUUUGACCGGGCGAAGGACUAUGUGGAGAAAGAGAAGGACAGCAGCAAGAGCGCAGGAGCCAUCUGGGCCGCUCUCCUCGCCGCCUUCGCACACCUUGCCGCAGCGGAGAAAGCCUAUCACAACAUGACGUUCCUGGGACAAAAACUGGGCGGCCAGUCGUUCUUCAGCCGCAAGGACUCCAUCCGCACCAUCUACACCUCCCUGUUCAACACGCUGAGGAAGGUGGUGACCAUGGGGCGCCACGCCCAGCCAGGUUCCGCACCCAACCUGGAGGAACUGCUGUCUCACCUGUCGGAGCAGCUGUGCCACUUUACCCAGGCCCGCAUGGAGAUGGCUGACCUGUACGAGAAGAUGCACGCGCUGGGCAGCCAGAAGAACAUCAACUCAGAGGAGCUGGUCACCACCCUCGACGCAGUGCUGCAGAAAUACAGCUCCAGGUUCCACCACCCCAUCCUGGGCCGCUUGGAGGGGAGCUUCCAGACAGAGGUGGAUGUGGUGACACAGCUGCUGCGCUGCCAGGCCCAGGUGUCAGAGUGGCACUUCCUGCCUGCCCUGCUCAGCCUGCACGGGGCUAGCUCUAAGCUCACCGCCUGGGGACAGCUCUUCCAACGCCAGAGGGAGACCCGCAAGCACCUGUUCGGAGGCCAGUCCCAGAAGGCCGUGCAGCCGCCUCACCUGUACGUGUGGUUGCAGCGCCUCCAGGGGGCGCUCCUGGCUAAAUUCAGUUUCUACUUCCAUGAGGCGCUGAGCCGUCAGACUGCGUCCGCAGACAUGAAGGCCCUGACGGCACGCACGGCACCCGAUUACCACGGCAAGAUCUGUUCGUUUAUCCGCAAACACGAUGCCAACAACGUGUCCCUGGUGUUCGACAACCGUGGCUCGGACAGCUUCCAGGGCCACGGCUACCACCACCCGCACUCGUACCGCGAGGCGCCCAAGGGGGUGGAGCAGUUUCCUGCUGUGGUGUCCCUUCCCGGGGGCGAACGGCCGCUCACGCACUGGCCCAACGUCAUCAUGAUGAUGGGCGACCGCGAGGCGGAGCUCAACACGCUGGACAAGGUGGUGCACUUCUACGACGACAAAGUCCAGAGCACUUACUACCUGACCCGACCGGAAUCACACUUCACCCUGGUGGUCAUCUUCGACGGCAGGAAGUCCGAGAAGGACUCGCACAUCACCGCCUUCCUGCAGGAGAUCUCUGGCUCGCUGAGGAACUCUAAACCAUUCAGCACCCUCAAACCUGGCUCCAAGUGCUGAAAGAGAGAUAUGACCUGCUUCAUAUACUACGCACACACAUCAUAAACAGAGCUCUUAUAACGAUACACACACAACCUCUCUGCCCCUUAUGAGGACACACAGAGAGACGAGGCAUUGUUCCAGUUCCAUAGACAGACAGGCCGUUACAGACAGAAGUUGUCUAAUCAUUAGGAAAGCUUCUUGAGUGACAUUGUUGCAACAUUCUGAUUGGUUUUAGCUUCUUAAAAUGGGCGGCCAGGACCUUUUGCUUUACUACUUGAUAUUUGUAUAAAAUAUAAUUAGAACCUCAACAUUAGCUUGUUUUAAUUGAGAGAAUGACUUCAACCCAUGGUCCAACUGUUUGUUCUGUUGAGCUUCAUGCUUUGAAUCCUUUAGUUUGUUUUGACAAAUCAGUUCCAGACCAAAGAGAUGCGUCACUGACUAUAUUAGACGCAGUGUGGCCUUCUCACAGUGAACUGCUCGAUUGAGACAUUUGACCUGUUUCUUUGACUUGAUUCUAUUCCAUCACAGGAUAGCUAACUUCCUACCCCUGUCAGGGAUAUAAUGUUGCUAUGUACUGAAAAAGCUUUUGUUUAAUUUAUGUAUACUUUUGUUAACAUUGAUGUGUUUGUUUACCGUUUUAACAGAAGUGCUUAAUUUGGUUUUACUGUAUGUCAUCCUUUAUUUAGUUGUACUUAUUUUGCUGUUAUUUGGGAAUUAAGUUUUGAGAUGACUGUAGAAAAAAGCUUAAUAUGUAGAAAAGCAUAAUGACGUGUGUGAGAGGUCCUUUCACAUGUUUCAGAUGCUGCUUAAGACUGAGACAUAAGUGAGUGUUCAGACAGCCAACUGUAGCACAUCCCCACUCACACACUCAGCAGGUGAUAAACAAGGCAAUAAUGAAGGCUUGACUAACCAAAACACACUUGUUCAUUUAUUCCCUUUUAUUUAUAAUAUAAAUACAACACAUCAAUACUAUCCAUUUGGCUAUAAGAGCUCGUCUUUAGGAAGCUCAGGAGUUUCAGAUACAGCAACACUAACAGACAAAACCAUUUCCUUUAAUUAUCAGACACAUUCAGAGAGAAACCAACAUCCCUUAAAAUGCACCUGUUCACAUGUUAUAAUGCUACAUGCCAAGUACAUGAUUUUUCCUAUACAUCAAAGUGCAAUGUCACAAUAGAUUAACUCUAGGAUUCAUAAUUCAGUCUUGUACUAAACACUUUAUGAUUAUUUCAUUCUAAGUGCUGCUGCUCUUCGUUCAGGACAUGCGUGAGUGGAUUACUACUCCCCACAAAGACAAAGGUAAAAAAAGGCACUUUCACAUUGACACACACACACACAAAUUGAUGCACACCCAUAGCCCAUUCUUAGAGACACACAUCCCCAGUACUCCACACACCAGUAAAGAGGACACAUUCAGUGUGCUGCUGUUCGAGUGUAUUUUGGGCAUUUACACGCAAGAGCCCCACCCUGUUUGCUUACUGUGAAUUUAAGGUUAUUUAGUGACUUCAGUGUAACACAACCAGAUACACCAUAUUCCCACACACACACACUAAGUGCCAGCACACGCACCCCUGUCCUGCACAUGUUCUGGUACUAAAGGCAGACAUGAAUAAUCCAUCAUUUUAUCCACCAUCGCACUUACAAAGGAACAGAAUGAGGGCAGGCAGAGGAAACGCACACACACAGACAAACAAGGUAAUGGGAAAGAAAUCACACAUACCCAGGCCGAGGGAAAUGUACAGAAAUCUACAAACUCCACCACUGUACCUCAACUAUUUCCCCUGGCCUGAGUGUGUGUAUCGGUUGAACACGAGAAGGCUGUUUUCUAGUAGUGAGGGUUAACGCCACCACCACCCCUGUGACAUUAGUGCCCACUGAACAUUCAAUAGAGAACUGAACAGUCAUAGUUUAAAUACUGGAACAUUCAUUAAAUAGCUGAACAUUGGUUAAAUAGAAUGUGAGUUUUGUCACCAAUGCCUCGAGAGGCUUCGGUUGAGGCAUUAGUGAGCUUAGCAGCGGAACCAAGUGAAAUAGAAAAUAAUUAAAAAAAAGAUCACACAGACAUCCGCCCUUAUGUUUCCACUCUGUGUGAGCCUCCCUUUACCCAUCAGGCACCUCUUCAUUCUGCAUUGUCCCUUUCUUUCGCUUCGCCUUUGGAAAUCGUUCAUAGAUGCAGCAGCCAAUCGAAAUACACUAAGAAUACAGCAGCCUCUUGGUGAUAGACCUUCAUUAGCUGAGGAGCCUAUCGUCAUUACAUAGUCAACGUUCACAUCACUGAAACUACAUUUCACUGGAGGAGAACUACACUUCCCACACAUCUGUGACUACAUCUCUUUUACAGGAUAGGGUUUCUGCUUUCUUUAGCUUAUACUUUUUUUCUUGUACUUCUCCCAUUCAGCAGUCCCAUUUUACAUAGCUACCCUUUGAUAAAUGCUUUGAUACAUGGAGAAAGUAAACUCCUUUACACCAAGAAGAAAGUACACACCAACCUG